AUGCAAGCACGACAGCAAGGCAUGGACGUGGGGGGCUGUCUGUUGUGUCUUUCUUGUGGUGGUUCUCUGUCUUGUUCCCCCUGCUAUAUCUGCCAAUGGCGCCAACCCCUACUCCCGGUACCAUUGGUCCUCUGGAGCAAAUUGCGUCGACGGAUGCUACCCCGUCUUGCCCGUAAUGGCAGCGGCAGCGGCAUGUGCUACGGAGCCUCGUCGGUAAUGAGAGAGGCGGGCUGGGCUGGCUGGGCGGGCAGCUGGCGGGCAGGGACAUGGAAUGAAGGGGACGGGCGCACAGAUCAGAUCGCCGCCCGUCGAGAUUGCUCACUGCCGUUUGAUUGCCACGGAUCCCUGCCCGCCAGCGCCCCCCCAUCCCCCGUCAUGUCGUCACUACACCGGCGGGCGAGCAUGGUGGGCCGAACUGGCUCCGCCUGA